GGCGGCGCGGGAUCGCGGAGGCGCGGGGAGCGCGCGGCCCUUUAAUAGCGCGCCCGGCUCCCGCGGCUCCAGACCCGGCUCCCCGCGCCCUCUCUCUCCCCACGGGCGCGUUCCAGCCCAGCCUGCCCAGCCUUCGGGGCGCAACGAAUCCUCCCGACCUCGCCGCCGGCUCAUGGACAUGGCGUCUCCCGCCGGACCCCGGCUGACCUGCCCCGAGGCCGCCGUCUCUAGGACGCUCCUCCUCCUCCUCGCCUGGGUCCUGGUCCAGGCGGCCGGAGCCUCAGACACUACAGGUGUGGUGGUAGCAUAUAAUUUAACUUGGAAAUCAACGAAUUUCAAGACAAUUUUGGAAUGGGAACCCAAACCUAUCAAUCAUGUCUACACUGUUCAGAUAAGCCAUAGAUUAGGAAAUUGGAAAAGCAAAUGCUACUCCAUCACAGACACAGAGUGUGACCUCACUGAUGAGAUUGUGAAAGACGUGAAGCAGACGUACUCAGCGCGGGUCCUUUCCAUGCCUGCCAAUGCCACCGGUUACGAGGGGGAGCCCAAGUACACAAACUCCCCGGAGUUCAUUCCUUACUUAGAGAGUAACCUCGGACGGCCAACAAUUCAGAGUUUUGAGCAAAUUGGGACAAAACUGAAUGUGACGGUACAGGAUACAAGGACCUUAGUCAGAAAGAAUGGCACAUUCCUGAGCCUCCGGGAUGUCUUUGGCGAGGACUUAAGUUACACACUUUACUAUUGGAAAGCUUCAAGUACAGGAAAGAAAAUGGUCAAGACGAACACUAAUGAGUUUUCGAUUGAUGUGGAGAAAGGACAAAACUACUGUUUCAAUGUUCAAGCCGUGAUUGCCUCACGAAAAGCUAACCAGAAGAGUCCAGAAAGCCCCAUUGAGUGCACCAGCCACGAGAAGGGCAUUUUCAAAGACAUCUUCUUCAUCAUCGGAGCAGUGGUGUUCGUAGCCAUCAUCUUCAUCAUCACCCUGGCCCUGUGUCUGUACAAGUGCAGGAAGGACAGAAGAAGGCGAAGUGGCAAGGAGGGCUCCCCCUACGGUGUUGCGUAAAGCGCGUGACACUGGAGCUGCCAACUUCCACAGAGUUUAUAUAGCACUGCGACAGAGAACUUUGAAAAGAAUGGAAUAUAUGGAAACAAAAAUGAAUAUUUUGGAGCAUGGAGAUCCUUGGGCCCAAAGGAAAUUAUUUAUUUGACUGUUCUCAUGAUAAGCAUUCUGGUUUUGAGACCAGCACUAGUCACUUUGGAAUGUAACGAACGGUACAGCCAAUUCCAAGUUUUCUUAAUGUAUUUUUUUUUUAAACACUACGGCACCUUUUGCACAUAUCAUGCUUUAGACUGUAUUUUCUACACUCAAGACGAAACAAGGUCAUCUAA